CCAAGAUCUCCAACAUGACUUUCAGCAAUGGAAAACUAAUAGUCAACCAAGAUGGCUUUUAUUACCUGUAUGCCAACAUUUGCUUUCGCCAUCAUGAAACUUCGGGAGACCUUGAUACGGAGUAUCUUCAGCUGAUGGUCUAUGUCACUAAAACCAGUAUCAAAAUCCCAAGUUCUCAUACCCUGAUGAAAGGAGGAAGCACCAAAUACUGGUCAGGGAAUUCUGAAUUCCAUUUUUACUCCAUAAAUGUUGGAGGAUUUUUUAAGUUACGGUCUGGAGAGGAAAUAAGCAUCGAAGUGUCCAACCCUUCACUAUUGGAUCCAGAUCAAGAUGCAACGUACUUUGGGGCUUUUAAAGUUCGGGAUAUAGAUUGACCCCAUUGUGUGGAGCAUAUUGUGUAUUUCCUAGGAUGCAUGGGAACUUAUCUUUUAAACAAGCCAAGAAAGAUGUACAUAGGUGUGUGAGACUACUAAGAGGUACGACCUACGUGGUAUAAGAAGACUCUAUCCAGCUUUGGACUCUGUAGAGAGCAUGUGUAUUUAUAGCCAAAGGAAGAUGUUAGACUCAAGGUGUGUUACAGUCUGAAGGCUUUCUUACACAAUGGUUUUAAAUUUUGUAAUGAAUUCCUAGAAUUAAACCAGAUUGGAGCAAUUAUGGUUGCCUUUAUGGAAAACUGUAAUUGGGCCACAGGAGGGGUUAAUUCUCUGGAUCUAGCCCUUUUUUAUGUGCCACUAUGCAGCUGA